AUGGUCCCCAACAAUGUUUACUAUUACAAUGCUUACUGUUUUAAGGUUAGAAGAAUCCAGCUGCCGCCUUUGGGUGUGCUUGCGGAUCCUAUGCAAGCUCCUGCGAGGGCAUUCGAUUCUUCACAAGAAUUGUUUUGGACGGGGGACGAAUUGGGACGCGUCAAGAGUUUCUAUGCCCUCGAUGGACAACGAUAUACAUCCUAUAAGGCUGGCCAAGAUCCGAUCCGUCAAUUUCUAUUUCAUGAUAGAGGGGUUAUUUCCGUAGGCGGCAGAAGCGUCCAUAUGGCGUCAAGGAGGGGUUUAUACAUAUGGCAUAUCACUCACGAAGACAUGAAAGAUUUGCGAUGCAUGAGUUAUACUUCGAGGGGAACUUCAGAAAUACUCGUUGCGGGGCUGCAGAAUCAGAUGUUUGUUAUUGAUGUGGACAAAGGAAUUAUUACAAAACAGAUACGUACGAGCGAUCACUUCAAGAUUAUGAAGAGGAGCCGCUAUAUUUGUGCGGCCACACCGACUGGAUCGGUUACCAUACUUGAUUCUUUGAACUUCACUGUGGUCAAGAUUUGGCAAGCUCAUACAGCCCUCAUCAACGAUAUGGAUGCGCAAAGUGACUAUGUAGUCACUUGUGGCUAUUCGUUAUCACUUCAAGGAUCAUACAGACUUGAUACUUUUGUUCUGGUUCUUAAUCUCAGGACAUUGACCACUCUAGCUCCAAUUCCAUUUCCUCCGGGGGCAGCAUUCGUCAGAAUGCAUCCACGAAUGCUGACCACCAGCUAUAUUGUUUCGCAACAGGGUCAAAUUCACAUAUGUGACUUGAUCAAUCCGAAUUCAAGCAAUGUGAGGCAAGCAAAUGUUUUGUCCACGUUAAGAUCUCUAGAGAUCGCUUCUUCAGGGGAAGCUAUUGCUUUGUCAGAUAUGGAAAACAGCAUACAUAUAUGGGGCUCGCCUGGUAGAAUUCGAUUUGCCGAGUUCAGCAACCCUGUCGAGUUUGCGGACUCGGAUGAGAAAUCCGUUCGUACAAACUGGACCGAUGAUACUCCGUUGAGUACAGUUGGCAUGCCGUAUUAUCGAGAAACUCUUCUAUCUGCUUGGCCGAGUCAUAUGGUUUUCGAAGUCGGUGCUCCGCCUGUAAAGGUCGAUCCAAGUUCUAUUUCGUCCCCAAAAGCUUUAGACUGGUAUAUAUGUGGCCACAACACAAGGAGGGAGGUCAGAAGGAAUCAGAUAGAGAACACGAGAAUUACCGGGAAAACGCCAGCGAGUAUACAAGCGCCGAAAUUUUUGAGUGAGAAGGCUAGAGAAGCCGUGAAUGAUGCGACGCCUGAACGUGGUAUGAAUGAUAUCGCCGAUACCAUAGGGAACAAAGAGCUCCCUACUUUGCAAGCAGGCACCAAUGCUUUAUAUAUGAAUGUGGAGAUCAAGUAUAGCAAAUUUGGAGUUGAUGAUUUUGAUUUUGGAUUUUAUAAUAAGACAUCAUAUUCAGGGCUCGAGACUCAUAUCUCGAAUUCAUACGCGAAUGCUCUGCUGCAAGUGAUGAGAUUUACGACCCUCAUCAGGAAUUUGGCAUUACAACACACUGCAACAAACUGUGUUAAUGAUAUGUGUUUAUUAUGCGAGAUGGGAUUCUUGUUUGAUAUGCUUGAGAAGGCAGCGGGGACCGUAUGUCAAGCAACAAACCUGCUGAAGACUUUCAGCCAUCAUCCGGAAGCUAAGCACUUGGGUUUACUGGAGGAAGAAUCACGUGGGGUUCCACUCUCAAAUAUGCUCCAAUCAAUGAAUCGAUUUUUCCUCGAAAGAAUCCCGAAUGAAUAUAAAAGCAUCCCUCCUGGUUCAACUCUUCUUGAGCAUGUCUUUUCCACACCUGCUACAAUGAUCAUAAAAUGUGUUUUUUGUAAGAGCGAGCACACGAGACCAGGAGCAACCUCGUCUGUAGAUCUAAUAUACCCGCCAGCACCACUUAAAUUAUACAACCGGAAUGGUAAGACACCAAUGCCAAAAAGAUCACUCAGCGAGAUUCUAAAAGCGAGUAUUGAACGCGAAACGACAAACCGCGGAUGGUGUAUGAAUUGUAAAAAAUAUCAAUCAUUACAAACGAAAAAGACCAUCCAUUCCUCACCACAUAUUCUUAUGCUCAAUGCAUGUAUUUCUACUCCUGAAUCAAAACAUUUUUGGGAGACACCUGGUUGUUUACCUGAAGAGAUAGGAAUCAUUAUUAGCCAAGGACAAAUAUUUUGUUAUCAAGGCGAGGAUUUGAGACUUCAUAUCCAACGUGGUGCACACAACAUUACUGUUUAUUCUUUAGUAGGUCUCGCUGCGGAUAUUGAUAUCGGGCAACAUGAAAAACCUCAUUUGGUGUCUUUAAUAAAUGUUUCUCAUUCUGCGCCAAUUGCACCAGCGGAAAGUCGAUGGUUUCUCUUUAAUGAUUUCCUAGUUACCCCGAUGCCAAAAGAAGACGCUCUAUCUUUUAGCUCCAGUUGGAAACUUCCAUCCGUCAUCACUUAUCAGGUGAAAGAUGAAAAUAAUAGGGUUGACAACUCAUGGAAGCAAAAUUUAGACACUUCCCUAUUAUUUGCUAAUGAAAAUACGCGUGUCAUCGACAAAACCCACAAGCCCCUCUCCAAUCGUGAAAGACCGACCGAAGGAACCCUCAUAGCCCUUGACACUGAAUUCGUCUCCAUUCGUCAGCCCGAAAUUGAAGUAAACUCCGAAGGCGAACGACAAACUAUCCGGCCCAUCGCACAUGCUCUAGCCCGUGUCUCUGUCGUCCGAGGCUCUGGUGAUAACGAAGGGUUCCCGUUCAUUGAUGACUAUAUCAAUUGCAAAGAUACCAUUGUCGACUAUCUCACAUCUUAUUCGGGCAUCAAUCCGGGUGAUCUCGACCCACGUCAGUCGAAACAUAAUCUUGUUUCCCUCAAAAUUGCUUACAAGAAACUCUGGAUUCUAUUAAACCUUGGAUGUAAAUUCGUGGGCCAUGGGCUCAAAACAGACUUUAGAGUCAUUAAUAUACAGAUACCAAAAUCCCACGUGAUUGACACGGCGGAUCUUUUCUUUAUACCGGCAAAACAGAGGAAGUUGGGAUUAGCUUUUUUGGCAUGGUAUCUGUUCAGGGAAGACAUUCAAAUCGAGACGCAUGAUAGUAUUGAAGAUGCGAGGACAGCGCUGAGACUGUGGAGGAAGUGGGAGGAAUGGAUUGCGAGUGAGGAACUUGGAGGGGCGCUGAUGGAGGAUUUAUUGAUUGAGGUUUAUAAGGCGGGGCAGGCGAGCAAUUUUAGACCGCCGGGGUUUAAUGCUAGGAAAGAAAGGGAGAGGGAGAGGGAAAGAGAGGGGAAGGAUAUCAGCAGGGCUAAUACACCGCCUGGGAGUAAUGAGGAUGGUGGUGUAAGUUUGAAGGGACCGAGUACCCCGGUUCGCAAACCAUUGAGAGUGUUGCCCUUUGGAUCGGGAGGGAGUGGGAGUGCGAAUGGGAGUGGACUAUCAAGCUUUGGUGGAGGUGGAGGUGGGUGGACACCGGGGAAAGGGAGCCCAUUACGGUGA